AUGGACUUGUGGUCGGGGAGCAUCCCCACCGGCUCCUUUGAUCUGAAUAUCAAACUCGUCAACGCAACUCCAAAACGAGACCAUACUAUCCCGCCAAAGUCUAGACUGUCGUUCCAUAGCUUUGUCAACCCGGCACUAAUCCCACUUUAUGCGCGCGCAGGACCAAGCGUCGAGGUUCAUACAGCCAAUGUCGAAAGUGCAGAAUGGCUGAAGACGAGGCUACUGGGCAGCUUAUGGCUGGAAGAAUGGGGUGACGAUCAAGAAGAAGAAAUGGAGCGAGCAGCUGUUGAAAUCCAGUGUCCCGUGGCUCUGCUCUUGACAGUGGGUUCUUCGCAAACUAGCGAUGUUUCACACACCAGCACCAACAACGUUUCGGAUCUGCUCGUCUAUGGUAUUUUGACGGCCUCAAACUCGGAUCAGAAUCCGCUGCCUUCUCCUUCCGACUCAGCCUCUGGCGAUGGGAGGGAUCAACUUGUCGAGCCAAGAAGACGAGAGUUACGAAUAUAUGCCGCUCCGCUGGCGACAUCGUACGUGCAAAAGGCGCAGGACCUGCCCUCGCCGCCGUCAAGUCCCAUUGAAGGGGAAAACAGCAGAUCAUGCGGUGAGGACGGACUUGUUGCACAAUUUCUUCCGGACCUGCGCUCGCCAACUCCGAAGCGGAAAAGAAUGCUGUCAAUUUUCGAAACUGCCGCACAGCAUCAUCGGCGCGUACGGCAGUAUGGCGGACAAGCGGUGGCGCAGAUGAUGGCCACGAAAUCGCAGACUCACCAGACCCAACCCUUGAAAAUCAAACGUGAACCAACCGACGACGGCAGCAGCAACAACAACAAUAAGUCUGGUCUGGAUAGACUUGGCGGGUUGCGUAGAGCUCGCUCGCUAUCUAUUGGCGGUAAUCAACUCGCCAGACUCGACAACACGCGUGUUGCUGCCGAUGAAAGCCGGCCUAGCUCAUCAAGAGGACUACAGCAGCAAACCCGUCGCAUGAUAAGUAAGAACGACGGCGGGUCGCAUUCAUUCCACGAAUUCGAACGCAGCCGAUCUAUCGCGCCAACCUCUAACCUGGCGUCUUAUAAUGAAGCAGCAACAGCAUUGUCGUCUUCGUCCCCCAAGACCGGAGAGAUGCUUGUUGCAAGCAACAAAGAUGUGAUUACACGCAGCAUCUUGACCGGCAUGCGGUUGUAUGGAUAUCACCGAAAACCUAAUCGUGCCGCCUCUAAACCUGCGCCUUUUGUGAAUAACAGCGACCUAGACGGAAUCGGCGAAGACGGUGCUAUAACGCCUACAAUGACAGAAGACUGCUCCAGGCAAUCCGUCACCGACGAAGACGACUUUAAAGCAAUGUACCACGCAACAUACAAAGCCGCCACCUUUGCGCUUCGACAUUACUUAAAGACUGACACUAUUUUAAAUAGUGACGACAGCAGGGAUUCCGCCAGAGGAAUGCAAAAAACAGGGCCGGCUGUUCUCUCUAGAGAUACCGCGACGAAUGUGAUUGAUGAAAUUCUCAAGCUGUUUUGCGAUGACCAGCUCAGACCGGCUGGGUGA